AACUGUACACAAAUGGUGAAUAGUUGGACAACGUACCGUUGUCGUCGCCACUGAAGCCCCUACAACAAUUUUCCCCCAUUCCACCCCCUCUAUUAUCCCUCCCCCCCCGUUUACACGGCCACAAAAUUCGUCUGUGUGUCCGCAUAUACAGAAAAUAUUCACAUGUAUUGAUGGAAGAGGGGUCGAAGGAGGGGUAGGUGCUUCAACGUUGAGGCUUGUUGUGUUCCCAGUGAGCGCGUCCGCCAUUUUACAGUCGCCAUUGAAAGGUGAAAAUCCUCCUAAAUGUUUCACGAAUUGUUAACAAAUUAAAAUCAGUAAAUAUUUAUAAAUAAUAAUCAAUAUAAAAUCAUAAUCUCCCAGUUGUCUCAAUCGUGUUGAUGUGGUUGAUAAUAAAAUCACUGGAUUAAUGUGUAAUAUACGUGAAAUAUCUUUGGUGUUAUAAUGUGAUAAAUACGUGGGGAAAUAAUGUGAAGUUUCAACUAUGAAAUAAUUACUGUGACAAUUUUAAUAAUUUACUUCUUGGUUUUUUAUUACUCCCCUUUAUUUUAUACACAACAGUGACAACAAUAGUAUUGUGGUUAAUAUUUAGUCGAUUUAUUGACUAGUGAUUGUUGCGGUACACUUGUUGGUGGGAUAAAUUAACAUCGUUCUGGUACGAUGGAGAAGCCAUGACGCACCCGUCGCAUCAGACUAACGGCGCCAGCUUGGAGGACUGCCACACGAAUUUCUUCGCACUGACCGACCUCUGUGGGAUAAAAUGGCGAAAGCUCGUGUGGGGCGAGAUGACAGGUGGCUUUGGGGGUACCCCCCUUGAGGAUCCAGUCUUAUCAAGUUUCUCAAGAUGUCUAGCAGGUGAUAUACUUUGUGUAUGGCGACGUGUAGCAGCAACACCACCAUCGACAUCCGGUGGUGGUGGUAUAUUUGAUCUUGGAAUAGCACCAUCACCAGCUCCACCACCCCUAUCACUAACUGCUGCCAAGGAGCUCUGGAUAUUCUGGUACGGUGAAGAGCCGGAUUUGUCUGGUCUUGUGUCACAAGAACUCAUUGCCUGCGAGAGCGAACAAGGAUCUUGGGAGAGUGGUCUGUCAUACGAGUGUCGUUCUCUUCUGUUCAAAGCACUUCAUAAUUUGAUCGAACGAUGCCUCCUGUCUCGUGAUUUUGUUCGUCUCGGUAAAUGGUUUGUCCAGCCAUACGACGGUUUCGAGAAGCACCGGUGCAACAGCAGCCACCUGUCGUUCUCUUUCGCAUUCUUCGUACACGGAGAGAGUACAGUGUGCGCUAGUGUUGAUGUUAGACAGCAUCCAGCCGUUAGACAUCUUACACGAACAUGCUUGCAACGUACUCAAACAUCUCAGAAUGGUGUCAAGGUUAUUCUCGCACCCUAUGGUCUCGCUGGAACAUUGACAGGACAGGGUGGUCGUGUUGACAGUCAAUUACUCGAAGAAUGGAGGAAUUUUUAUCCAAUGAAUGGUUAUAACAUCGAGUCAGGUCUUCCUCCACUGGUUGAAGUACUCGUGGGUGGUGUUAGAAUGCGUUAUCCAUCUUGUUACGUUCUCGUUACUGAUAUGGAUGAUAUACCGAGUGAAUUACCAUUGUCACCACCUUAUAGUCCAGCAACAGCAACAUAUGAACAUCCAAAUUCAAUUCAACGGGAUUCAAAAGCUUCCACUGAAUUGCCUGAACGUGUUUGGGCCGAGUGUACACUCGGUUCACCAUUAUCUUCCAAAUGUAAUGAUGGAACUUCCCCGGAAUUAGGUACCUGGACAUUCAUUGAUGCAACACAAAAGUCUUCCUGCACCUGCGCCAAGUGCACGACCCCCGGGGGUUGGAAGGGCAUCGCCUCCACUCAGGUUCAGAGGGAAAGAGUUGAUAAAGGUGGAAGGAGGGUCGUGCCGUUUCAUCGACGCCCUACCACCCAGUGGGAUGCUUCUUGCCCCUCUGUCCCUGCAAAUGCCCCCAGGUCAACAUUGAAUCGAAGUACCGAGGCACCAAGUACACCACCAGGUGGUCCACCAUCAUAUUCACGUGGUCCACCAACAGGUGGUGAUUGUCCACCCGUACCAUCUGUUGGUUCUCCAAGUUCACCAGCUCCAUCACCCCUUCCAACGCCUCAUUCAGAGCCAGCAUCAGUACCACCAUCGACUGAUCCAACAAUGCCAACACUUAGUCCACAACCACCACCAAGUCAUUCAAAUACAGCUCCACCAUUGACACCAUCACAGGGCCCUAAAUCAACAUCAUCGGCAUGCUGUAAUAAUAAUCAAAUGCCAAGUCCAGCGCCAGGACCAACGCUUAAACGACCAAUACUUGCAUCUAGGGAAUAUGAGGGUGCACUACUGGACGAUGAACAACCAUUAUCAUGGUUGUAUGAUUAUACAACACAGGAAGCAUGGCUCAAUCAUCCUGUUAAACGUUUCAAGGAGGAUGGAUACAAUCCAUCUGUUGGUCCAUGUAAUCAACGAUCCAGUAGUCUCUAUCCACCUCUGAAUAAUUCAAUUAAUCCCCAAGCACCUAAACUUGAGAUCAAACAGGAGCCAGGAUUGAAUGCUGGUGAUUGCACUGGCAGAACCGACCCUUACGAUUUUGAUCCCUCAGGAGAUGAAAAUGGUGGAUCAGAUGCUCUACGCCGUCAACGAGAGGAACCAAAACCCGGCUCCCUAUUCACAUCCGAGGGCCUCCAGGCAUCCUACAAAGAUCUCGAUCAAAUAUUCGAUAAUUCUGAUCCAGACACAUCAAGUGACGAGACAAAUUUGAAUCAACUUCAAGUACAGACACCCCCAGGCUCCAAUAAAUCCGGUGGUAUCCACGAAGAGACACGACUCGAUGGCACAACAAAGCACAAUAAUCGUGGAGUUGGUGUUCUACGCCCAGAGGAGCUCUCCAAGAUGUUUCCAACACCUCCAUCACUCGAGCACAAUCCAGUGGCAUCACCAUGCCAACUGAGCGAUGCCCCAAUGGACCAGACAGAUCUCUCCCUCAGUCAACGUCCACUUCGUCAAGUACCGGACAUUUAUCCAAACAUGGGAUCACCACCAGAGGAACCAAUUGACGAUUGGUCCUACGUUUUCAAGCCCUCACUCAUAAAUAAACUCGUUGGAUCAUCGAAAUACGCACCACUGACAAAUUUACCGAGUCAAUCUCUACCACCUGUGACACUGCCAUCCCAUUGUUUUUACAGGCCCUCCUGGCAAUGCAAUCAAGCACCAAAUAAUCAGGAAAAAUCCACGAAUAGAUCCCAGACUCAGUCAAAUAGAUCCCAAACACCACAGUCAACACCUCAACCCCCACAGCCACAAGUACCAACACCCCAACAAAUAUGUCCACCAUCACCAGCACCAGCAGUGGCACCAUAUCGUUCAGGACGACCACCACCACCUCCCUAUGAUCAACCAAGUCCAGCAACUUCAACAUCAUCGUAUUUGAAUAAAAAUCUUAAUUCAAUGGAGGCUGAUACACCUGGACCAACACGAGCACCAGAAUCAAAUUCUCUGAUUGUUAAUAUACUUCUGGGUGAUACUGCCCUCAAUAUAUUCAGAGAUCAUAAUUUUGACAGUUGCAGUUUAUGCGUUUGCAAUGCUGGACCAAAAGUUGUGGGUAAUAUCAAAGGUGCUGAUGCUGGUGUUUAUCUAACUGGCUCAUGGGCAGGUGGAAAUGGUUUAUUUCACGAUGAUGAUCAGAUACGUUGCAGUUGUGGCUUCAGUGCUGUUGUUAAUCGACGACUUGCUCACCAAGCUGGAUUAUUCUACGAGGAUGAAAUGGAGAUAACGGGAAUAGCUGAUGAUCCAGCUGAUAAAAAGAAAGGUUCACUUAUGGCCAUUGCCAAUGGUGGUAAAUCCGAGGGUCUUGAUGUCAUACCUUCUGGUGUAUUGGAAUUACUUCGUGAACAGUGUGCUAUUGUUCAGAGCUCAGUGAGCAGUCUUUACAGAGCAGCAAAGGUAUACGCAGGAACCAGAAGUACCAGUGGAAUGGGCCAGCCAAGUUUAAAUACAUUAGAAUUCAAUGAUGGUAAUGAAGUGUCACUUGCUGCAUUGGAACAGGGAAAAUUGGUGGAUGGUAGUCAGUUGGAGAGAAAUAACAGAGUCAGUGGUGUACACAGAUGGGCUUUUAUCAGAGCUCGGGGCCCUCAAUGCACUGGUGAUAUUGUUAGAAUGAUGAGGGGUUUACAACCAUUACUUCAGGAAGCUGUACAGAAAAAAUGUACAACGAGAAUGUGGGAAGCACCUUAUACUGUUGCUGGUCCACUGACCUGGAGGCAAUUUCAUCGAUUAGCUGGAAGGGGAACUGACGAUCGAUGUGAACCCCAACCAAUACCAGCUCUAGUCGUUGGUUAUGAUAGAGACUGGUUAUCACUGUCUCCAUAUGCAUUGAAUUAUUGGGAAAAACUUUUGUUGGAGCCUUACGCAGGUCCAAGAGACGUUGCUUAUGUGGUUUUAACACCUGAUAAUGAAUCAGUCAUCAAUAAAGUCAAGUAUUUCUUCAGAGAAUUGUCGACAACGUAUGAAAUUUGCAGGUUAGGUAAACAUACAGCAAUAACAAAAGCGUCGAGAGAUGGUAUUAUCAAAGUGGGAAAGAACUCCUGUCAGAAAUUUGUCAAACAGCCCAUCGACGAUUGGUUUAAACUACUCGGUGAGAAUCAACUUGGUGAACAGCUAAGAUUUUACGCUCAAGUUUGCUCCCAUCGUCUUGGUCCUUAUCUCACUCAAGUUAUUCAAGACAGGAGUCUUCUGGAUCCAGCUGAUUCACCAAGUAAACAUCAGAAUCAAUCACAACCAUCAUCAGUGCCACCAGCUGAGUCAAUGCCACCAACUCCAGACGGUGCUGUAUCAAUUAAACAAGAAUCUGAUAACGAAGUUACUAGAAGUGAAACCCCAUCAAAUAAUCCAACUUCAAAUGUUAAUUCAGUGGGAAAUACAACUCCAACUAAUUCACAGACAUCACCAGGCAACAAUGGAAGUAAUUCACAGGUAUCGGGAAAUAAUACAACAGCAACGACAACCAUUGGGCCCGAUGAGGAUGAAAUUGAACCACCAGCUGUUGUUGUUUACAUUGUUGAACCUUUUUCAUUGGGAGGACCGGAAAAUCUUGACAGAAGGCGAUUGACAGUGUUGGCUUUGCUCAGGGCUUACUCAACCGCCAUCAGUUCAAUGCCCGAAAAUAUAAGAUCAAAUAUUAAUGUACAACUGAUAUCUCUGGAGAGUAUUAUGGAGCUGGGGAGAGCUAGGGAGAGGAGAAAAAUUCAGGAUGAAAUGCGUGCACUUGCACUGAAUGUCUUCCUUCAAGGCAGAAGACUAUUGAAUCAUAAUUCAACAGUUAAAAGUUUAACUGGUUUUGGUACAGCAGCUGCUGCUGACCUAUUUCUCAAGAGCAAGGAUGACAGAAAUAGGGCACCUUAUAGACUCUAUGCACCAGCUUAUGUACUUGCUCCAUUGAGACCGAAGAGUGAAGCACCAGAAUCAUUUGGUAUUGCUGGACCCGAAGAAUGUUCUGUACUUUAUUUGAGUUAUUGUCUGUCUGAGGAUCAAUCGAGAUUAUUGGCAGUUGCCACUGAUGACAGAGGGGAAAUUUUUGAGACUGCUGCCAUCAAUAUUGAUAUUCCAAAUAGAAAAAGAAGAAAACGUGCAUCAGCGAGAAGAAUUGGAUUACAAAAACUCAUGGAUUUUAUUCUUGGAGUUAUGUCACAGGGAGUACAACCUUGGAGAUUGGUUGUUGGUAGGGUAGGGAGAAUUGGUCAUGGUGAACUCAAGGGAUGGAGUUGGUUAUUGUCGAGAAAAUCACUUCUCAAGGCAUCGAAACAUCUCAAGGAAAUAUGUGGACAGUGCAGCCUUCUUUAUCCAUCUGUUGCACCAUGUGUUCUCAGCGCUUGUCUUGUUUCCCUUGAACCAGAUUCCACGUUGAGACUGAUGGCUGAUCAAUUUACUCCGGAUGACAGGUUUAGUCAACCUGCUGUCAAUUGCCAAUUGUCAACUCCACAGGAUGUCACGUGCACUCAUAUACUUGUAUUUCCAACUUCUGCGACUACGACAUCGUCACAGACAGCCUUCCAGGAGCAGCACAUAAAUGGUCCUGAAUUGGGUGAUGAUGAAUUAUUCUCAGCCCUGAAUGACGAUAUGCCCGAGGGCAUGGAGGGAAUGGGUGAUUUCAACGAUAUAUUCAACGUCUGGCCAGAAGCAACUGGCGGUGGUGGACAAAGUCCUGGUGGUAGUCCCCACAGGCCCGAGGGUUCCCCAAUGGGUGGUGAUGGUGGUGGCUCCGGUAUGGGAAAUCAUGAUGGUCCGGGCAGUCCUUUUCCCUGCAGCAAUACACCGAGGGCCACUGUUGCUGAUCAAGCUGAAGAAGUGGGUACGUUACUACAACAGCCAUUGGCUCUUGGUUAUCUCGUAUCAACGGCACCAACAGGACGUAUGCCACCCUGGUUCUGGGCUGCUUGUCCUCAUCUGGAGGGCGUUUGUCCUGCAUUUCUGAAAAAUGCACUUCAUCUUCACAGUCCAGCUAUACAACAGAAUAGCGAUGAUUUGUUGCAACAACAGAGUGCAUUGACUGCACAUCCUCUGGAUUCACAAUAUACAACUGAUGUGUUGAGAUAUGUCCUAGAAGGGUACAAUGCAUUGUCAUGGCUAGCAGUUGAUUCAAACACGAAGGAUCGUCUUUCAUGUUUACCAGUUCAUGUACAAGCGCUCAUGCAGCUAUACCACGCAUCAGCAGCCCUCGUCUGACCCAGACCAUCAAAAUUAUUAGCGCAUAAUUACCAACCCCUCAAUCUCUCUCACGCAAUUAUUAUUAUUAUGUUUAAUAUUAAUAACACGUGGGGCUUAAACGAGUGCAUAAACGAGUCAUUUUCAUACGCCCUCAUGACAAUAUUCACUCAGUUACAUCGAGAGUCAUGCAAUUAUAAAUUCAAACUAGCGAUUUUUAUUUAAUUAGAAAUAUCAUGGAGAGGCAGCUAAUAGACAGCUAAAGUAAUCGAUAAAAUUACUCAACUUCUUUCAUUUUUUUUUUCUUCUUUUAUUUACGCAAUAUUUUGUUUUUAAUAAUUUUAAUUUGGCUCAAGAGAGAAUGGAUAAUAAAAUGAAUAAUGAAUGAUUAAAAUUACGUCAUAUUUAGCAUAAAAUAGGGCAUAAUAUUUUUUUUGCAUAAAAUCCAUUGCCUCUUCGAAUUUUUUAGAUUGUUGAAUUUUUAAACAAACAAAAGAUAUGAACAAUGAAAUAAUCAGAAUCUCUAGUAAGAAAAUAAUAAUAAUGGUUGCGUAAUAUCAAAAGAAAAAAAAAAGAAACAAAAUAGUAGAGGAAAAAAUGGGAAAAAAAAUGUUUUUAAUUGUAAAUGGACUUUUUGUACAAAGCUUUUAAUUAUUACUAGCGACAAAGUAAUAUAACGAAUAUUACGUUGUUUUUUAAUUUUAUAUAGAUGAAUAUAAAUGAACAAAAAGAAAAUAAUUGACAAAAAAAAAUACCAUAAAAAUUAUGGAACAACAGCGAGAGUACCGGUGAGGACGUGUGGGGCUUUAAAUAUUAGCUGAAUUACCAAUUAUUGUAAUCAAUUUCCUCCUUCCCCCUCCCGACAUUGAUUUUUUUUUAUUGAUGAUUUGAUAUUCGUUAGAUAGCCCUUCCCACGCUCUCUCUUUCUCCCAAUCUCCCCUUUCCUCCCCAUAAUUUUGCCUCGUACAAGCCCCAAGUGGAUGCAUUGAUAUUAAAAGUAAUUCAGUUGACGACGCGACUCGAUUAAAAUAAAAAUCAUGAAAUGACGAUAUUCUCUCAAUGGGACCACCCUGUUAUCACGUUUUUUAGUGUCACAUUGAGAGUUUUAAUGGCGUGAUACUUGUAUAUUAAUUUUGACAAUUAAAAUUCCUUUCUUAAAAGAGAAUAAACAAAAAUGAAGAACAAAAAACGUUUUAUUCAUGAUAAUGAGAUGAUUAAUAGGUGACAUUCUAUUAUAAAUAACAGUUGUAAUGUAAAAUAUUGUUUAAAAUGAGAAUAAGUAAUUUAUCAUUGAAUUUAAUUGUCGAUCGAAGAAAAAUAAAAAUAUUAGGCGAAUUAACGAGGACUAUUGAACGAUAGAAGAAAAUAAGGGAAAAAUAAUGUGAGGUAAAAAGUACCAGUUGUGUCUAAAUUAUUUCGUUUAUUCCAUGAAACAAUUUGAUUGUUUAUUUUCUUUUAUCAUCAGAAAAAUCUAAUCGAUUACCUUGUGCAAAUACAAUUUUCUUCCCUAAUUAACGGGAAGGAUUAUUGCGACAAAAUUUUUGAUGAUUAAAAGAAAAUUAAAUUUACAUAAUGGGGCGCGUCUGAGGCGGGGCCACUGCGUCAGUCGCAUAGUACAAAUUAUAAAUUGUACAUAGGAUUUAGAGAA